CACUGGGAUACCCACAUGUAGUGUCUGUCAUCCAUAUUUUUCCUUCGCUUCUGUAUUUUUCUCUUGCAAACUUUUUAAUUUCUUUAUUUCUGGCCUAACUAACCUUGGAAUGGACAUGACGUCGAUGAAUAACGGUGGAACAAUUCCCAUGCGAGAUGCAGAUGCAAUCAAGCUGUUCAUAGGGCAGGUCCCGAGAACGUGGGAUGACAAAGACCUGAGGCCCUAUUUUGAAAGCUACGGACAAAUUCACGAGCUGACGGUUUUGCGAGACCGAUUGACGAGAAGUCACAAAGGCUGUGCAUUUCUUACUUUCUGCUCACGCGACGCAGCUCUCGCGGCUCAAAAGGACUUACACGAGAAGAAAACCCUACCAGGGAUGCAGAAUGCAAUGCAAGUGAAACCAGCAGAGAGUGAAUCUAGAUCAGUGUAUGAUGUGACAUCACCAUUAGGGUCGAAAAGUUCUGAGGACCGUAAACUGUUCAUUGGUAUGAUAUCGAAAAAAGCAACAGAGGAAGACCUUAGAAUAAUGUUCUCACCAUAUGGAAGUAUAGAAGAAUUGACAAUUUUAAGAGAUAGCGAUGGCAAAAGUAAAGGUUGUGCCUUUUUAAAGUUUCCAACCAGAAUGCAGGCUCAAAAUGCAAUUGCAGAUAUGCACAACAGUACUACAAUGGAGGGUUGCCCAUCACCAAUAGUUGUAAAGUUUGCAGAUACAGAAAAAGAAAAGCUUCAAAAGAAAAUGCAGCAAAUGGUAGCUCUUGGUGGCAUGGGCAUGAACAUCGGAUUAGGAAUGGGGUUUCCUUAUUUCCAACAUGCGAAUUACAAUGCAGCAUGUCAGCAGUUUCUUCAACAGCAAGCUGGUAACCCAUCUGCAUCAUUACAAACUGGUUUCAAUGUCAUCCCAGGAGUCACUGGACCAGCUGUUGCUCCUGGAACCAUGGGUGCUUUGGUGGCUGCUUCUGUACUUGCACAACAACAGCAACAGCACCAAGCAGUACAGCAAUCAUCUUCAUCACAGAACAACAUCUUAGGAGGGACGGCUGGUCUGGUAAACAGUAAUGCCGUAUCUACAGGUGGUGCUACCAAUACAUCUUCAAUGAUUGGAGUGCAAGGUGUCCCUGGAGUAACUGGCCUUGGUAUGAACAUGUCCGGGAUGGGUGUUGGGAAUCUCAAUGCAAUGGGGGCUGGUACCCUUGGUAUGGGAAUUCCUGGCCUUAGUAACAUGACUGGAGUAACUAGUGUUGGUGGUAACAUACAGACUGGAGAUGCGCUUACUCAGGCAUACUCUGGAAUACAGCAGUAUAAUGCAACAUUUCCAGGUGUUUAUGGUCAAACUAUAUUCCAGCAGCAGCAACUACAACGACAACCACAAAAAGAAGGUCCUGAAGGAGCUAAUUUAUUUAUUUAUCAUUUGCCGCAAGAAUUUACUGAUGCUGAUCUGAUGCAGAUGUUUAUGCCUUUCGGCACUGUAAUAAGUGCCAAAGUGUUUAUAGAUAAAACAACAAAUCUAAGCAAAUGCUUUGGUUUUGUAAGUUAUGAUAACCCACUCUUCGCUCAAAAUGCCAUUCAGUCAAUGAACGGUUUUCAGAUAGGACCGAAGAGACUUAAGGUACAGCUUAAAAGACCAAAGGAUGCAAACAGACCUUAUUAAUGUUUUUGAUCACGUGACUGUGUACGUAUGUUCGUCGUCAUGGCGGUGACCUUUUGCGCAUGUGCUUGUUUGUGUACCACAGUUGGUGACGUCACUUGUGAACUUUGUGCGGUGGCGUGGUAUAUAUCGUCACUGUUGGUGUUGGGAUUCAGUAUUACGUCACUGUAAAGCAGUAUUGCGUCAUUGUUAACCUUACGUAAUCGGUGCAUGUUUAGCGGUACUGUAAACUAAUUUUUCAGUUGGAUUGUGCAGUUCUUCGUUAUGUGACUAGUUAUAUUCCCGUCAGGCAAGCUCACUGUUUACUAUUUAUAGAGCGUAGUUCGUGUUCAUGUUACCGUCAAAGUUUUGGGCUCUAGUGUGUUCACAGUUGUUGUCCUGGUUUUCUAAAAACCUUGUAUUGUUAGUGCUUUGUAGAUGGAGUUGGUCAGUGCUAGCCUGACUUUUACUUAAUAAAAGAUACUGACUUUAAUCACU